CUUUCAAUAAAGACCUUGGCAAAGGACUCUCGAUUCUUCUCCCCCAAAUCUGACCGUUACAGACAAAAUCAAACAAAAUCCCCUCCUCCUCCGGUCCUCCCGAAGAUCGCACCUCUUCAACUCAUCAAUCCCCCGCUGCUCCGCAUACUCCAAGGACAAAACACCGGAGAGAUUUCAGGAAGAGAAAUAAGGAGAAGAGUUAGAUUGCCUGGUCUGCGAUUUCUCUCCGGCGAGAUGGCAACCGCAGCUCCGGGACCGGCGAGCUCGUGCUGCGCCAUGCGAAGGAGCGCUGGCUCCAGUCCUUUCAAGCCCGCCGAUUGUCCGCACAGAAGCUCGUCCGUGUCCAAGAGCGGCGGCGUCUGCGGGUGCCUCGCGUCGCCGCGGAGGUCCUUCGGCGAGAAGGAGAACGAGCAGCAGGAAAAGGGGGCUAGGACACCCAAGGCACGAGCCAGCGGCGUGAAGAACUUCAUGGCGCCAACCAUUUCCGCCACAUCCAAAGCCGUCGCGGCCUCCGCCUCGCCGAGGAAGAAGGUGCUCGGGGAGCGCAACGAGCAGACGCACCUCCUCGCCCCCUCGUCCCCUCGCGACCUCGCGCACAAGCCCAAGGGACCGCCCGAUGCGGGUCCCGCACGCCGUCUGCGUCUCUCCUUCGACGGGGCGGCUCCCGCCCCUCUCGCCACCGCGUCCGAGGCCUCGUACGGUGGGGAGGACACGAGGAUGGAGAAUCCUGCGUGCGGGAAUCACCACCACGUGGCCGCUGAUUUGGUGGAUGCAGAGCCAUCUCAGGCGGCUGUGUACGACCCCAAGACGAACUACACAUCGCCAAGGCCUCGGUUCCUGCACUACAAGCCCAACCCUCGCAUUGAGAUGUAUCGGCACGGUGGCAGUGGCGUUAGGCGGCUCGAGGAGGGCUUCUCCUCCGAGAGCAGCGAGGAAACCGACACCACUACCACGGAGGAGGAUGAGCUAGCGGAGGAGGAACAAAAGCAAGUGCAGCAGCCAAAACACUUGCUGGAGGAGCCAUCUCCUUUGGCAUCUCCAUCUGCGGUCGGAGAUGCAGCGGCUGUUCACUCUCCGGAGGAGCCUGCACCGGGUUCACCGAUGACUCCUGUACCAAUAUCGGAGCCCACGCCGACUUCCCCGCGUGCUCGCGCCUUAGCGCGGGAGCCUAGGGCGAUUUCUCCGCAAGCUCGUGCACUUACUCCGGAGCUGGAGCUUGGAUUGAGCUCCGGGCAAGCUCCAGCCAAGAGGUCUCUGCCGAGAUUCCUGCUAGCUGCUGGUUUGAUUCUAUUCAUGGCUGCUGCUUUUGUGUCUGUGCCGCUGCCGCCAGACUCUCCGGUCAUGUCAAACGCCGCCUUGUCCAAGGUGACAAACUUUCUUUCAGUUCAAGAAUUGCACCCUGUGGAGUUGGCUGCUUGGUUGAAACAAUGGUCAAGCAGUUCGUUGGAUUCGAUCACAUCCUACUGGGAGGCUCUUGCUUUUAGGCAAGAACAAGAGUUUUUUGGUCCUCACUUUGCAGCGAAUUUGAGUGCCGCAUCAUCUGCGGAUACGGACCAUGGUCCUGAUUUCUACUACAAUUUUGCUGAAACAAUAUCAAUGCCAAGUGAAGAACCUUUUGGUAACAAGGAAUUGAAGAUCCAGGAUUUUGUUUCAGCAAGCAAUACAGUCUUAACUGCAGAGGCAGAAGGUGAUGUUGUAGUGGAAGAAGAAUCAAAUGAUGAUGAUGCAGUGGAAGAAGAAGCAAUCGAUGAUGAUGCAUCAUACAACUACAAUGUAGCAAAGGAGCUUGAUGUUGAAGUAAUAUCAGAAGAGGCUCCAGGUAGCUAUGGUGAGGUAGAGGAACUUGAUGAGGAGAUAGCAGAAGAAGCUCAAGCUAGCUAUGGUGAAGAGAUGGCAUCUUUCAGUCAGAAUUUGAAUAUCCCCUCUCAGUCCACUAGAGAGCCUGAGCAAAUUGAGAAUCUGGAAGAGCAAGAUGUUGAAACUGAUGAGUCUGAGGAAGAUCAUGCUAAUGUCAAGGAAGAGCAGGAGGCAUAUCGUGCUUCAGAGUCGGAUUCGAGUAUAUGGUCAGGCUAUUUGGACAAAAUAUCAAAGCCUGCUGCAGUAGGUGUUGCUCUUGCUGCUGUUAUUGUUCUGUCAACUGGUGUGGCCGCCCUUUACAUGAGGAAGAAGCAAGUUCAGGUUCCCACAAAUGCCAAUACACCACCAUCUGAGAAUCUGGAACAGACCGCGGCUCAAUCUGGUUCAGGGAGCAGUGAGGUUCAUCUUAACAAGUCUUCACAAUUUCAGAGUUCUAAGAUGGAAGAACCUGAAAGAUUUGGUAACUCUGGUUUUUCUCAGUAUAGCAGCAGCUUAUCAUCUGGCCAUGGCAAGAGGAGGAAGGCGAAAGAGGAAGAGAGCCUCAGUCUCGAGCCGAUGUCAAAGAGGGAGUCAUAUUCCACAUCAUCCUAUGGUAGUUUCACCACCUACGAGAAGAUCUCUGCCAAGAAAAGGAAUAAGGAGGAUGAGGCGAUGACCCCAGUCCGCCGUUCCAGCAGGUUGCGGAAUGUUAAAGCACCAGAGGCCUAGGCUCGUGCUCUAACUACUUUGUAGGGGACCUUACUCUUAGAGGCACUUCAGCUGCCGCUCAAUUUCAUGCACCUUGGUAUUGGAAAGAUGUAUGAUAACAGCAUUCUGCUGUUAUUUUCUACAAAAUUGAUUAGGAUUAAAUGUCUCUAGUUUAUGAUUGCUUAAAAUUGCAUAAGUGAUCCUGGACAAUUGGGCCCAUCUUAUUGAGACGAAUCUUUUGAUUUUUUUUGUUAUUGUGUUUCUUACUUGAAAGUUGAUCCAGAUAUCUACAUUGCAUUUCCUUUGUAAUGCACACUUGUUGUGACAUUGAACUGGUUCUUGAAUGUUUAUUACAGCUUGCUGUCAAAA